AUGAAGACCACUUUCUUCGCCGCUACCGCUCUCUUCGCCGCUGCCGGCCUCGCUGCUCCUGCCGCUGAGCCCGACGCUCUGCUCUCGGUCAACUUCAAGAGCUCCCCGUGGCGCCCUCUGAUCCCUUUCACCUCCAAGUUCAGCGUCUGCGCCACACCUGACCAGGUCGUCAACGGCACCACUCCCACCGGUGGUCUCGAGGGCGCCGUCGGCUACUACAACUUCGGGCUCAACAGCAAGCUCGACAUCAUCUGCUAUAACAUCAAGCUGGUGAACUUCCGCGGCGACUACCAGUCCCCGGCCAACACCGCCACGCACAUCCACGAAGCCGCCCGCGGCGCCAGCGGGCCCCCGCGCAUCGCCUUUCCCAACCCCAAGGUCGUCCCCGGCGGCCCGGAGAACGAGCGCAUCAGCGUCGGCUGCAUCUCGGGGCCCUUCAAGACGGGCGUCGUGAACAACGUCACCAAGAUUGACUCCGGAGACGGCUUCACCAUCGCUAAGCUCGAGGCGAACCCGGCGGCUUUCUUCGCAGAUGUUCACAGCAGCCUAGCGGUUCCCGGCGCUGUGCGUGGUCAGCUUGCAUAG